CAGCAUGGAGGCGGGGCCUUGUUGAUUUUUUAAGAGGUUUCCAUGCGCACCAGCCCAUGUCCGCAUGCUCCCGAGCUCGCUCCACAUGUUCACCGCCAGAUGACGGACGGAGCCGCCGGCCGGCACGUUUCCGCAGAUCCCUCGUGAUCUCGUCUCCUGACCCCGUCAAGCCGGCCUUCUCGGGUUCUCAGACGCGCGCGACUCCAGCUCAGCGUGGCGCCCCCAGGGCCCAGGCCGAAACACACGUACAGCGCGCGGGUUGGAACGGGGAACGACCAGACCGCGACGCGAGGGAAACGGCUAGAGGCCAGGGCGCCACCACGGGCGGGCGGCGCGAGGGAGAAGUAGGAGAGCGAAGCGAGAUCGCAUUGCGCGUUCGUCCCGAGAAAACCGAAACGCCCGCGCCGAUCCAGCGAUCCCUCCCUCAACCUACUCGUCUCCAAGUCGAUCGCGUCUCCGCUGUCGCUCGCUCGCUUGCUGGUUCCGCUCACGCACCAAGUGCUGCCGCCCACGAUCGCGGCCUCCUGCUAUAUCUGCCUGCGCGACCGCGACGUUUUUUUUCCGCCUGACCUUUUUUUUUGGUCAAGGUUGCUUGCGCGGAGACGAGUCGGUAGCCGUCUGAAAGCAGAGUUCUCCUUGGUCGUCUGGCGGUCGAGGGUUUUGAGAGGCGGCGCGGCGGGCCGAUCGAUGGCGAUGGCGGCGAGGACGGUGCCGCUGGGCGUGCUGCUGCGGCGGGAGUUGACGAACGAGCGGAUGGAGAGGCCGGACGUGCUGUGCGGGGAGGCAAGCCGCAGCCGCAAGGGCGAGGACUUCACGCUGCUCCGCGCCGACGCUGGGCAGCGCGUCGCCGGGGACCCAUCCACCUCCUUCUCCGUCUUCGCGCUGUUUGAUGGACACAACGGAACUGGAGCCGCCAUAUAUGCGAAGGAGAAUCUGUUGAGCAAUGUCUUGCGUGCCAUGCCUACGUGCUUGAGCAGAGAGGAGUGGCUGGCAGUGCUCCCACGUGCGCUUGUUGCAGCGUUUGUCAAGACAGAUAAAGAUUUCCUGGCAGGAGCUGAAACUUCUGGUACAACUGUGACAUUUGUGAUAAUAGACGAGUGGGUUGUAACAGUAGCAUCUGUUGGUGAUUCACGUUGCAUUCUAGAAUCUGCUGAUGGUUCAGUAUACUAUUUAUCAGCUGAUCAUCGCUUUGACUCCAACCCAGAUGAGGUCGAACGCGUUACUGCAUUUGGAAGCAAGGUUGGGAAAAUGGAAAUUGUCGGUGGUCCCGAGGUUGGUCCUCUUAGAUGUUGGCCAGGUGGCUUGUGCCUAUCUAGAUCGAUAGGGGAUUUGGAUGUUGGUGAAUGCAUCAUUGCUGUUCCUCAUGUUAAGCAAGUGAAGCUUUCCAAUGCUGGUGGCAGAAUUAUCAUUGCAAGUGAUGGCGUGUGGGAUGAUUUGACUUCUGGAAUGGCUCUUGACUGUUCCCGUGGGUUCCCAUCAGAUGUAGCUGCCAAUCGAAUUGUUAAUGAAGCAAUCCAGCCUCGAGGAAUCAGGGAUGAUACUACUUGCAUCGUGAUAGACAUACUACCUCCAGAAAAACUAGCUCCAAGUCCUCCUAAGAGGCAUGGGAAGAUUGCAUUCAAUAAUAUGUUUCGCCGAAAAUCUCCAGAUGUUCCCUUUAGGACAGAUAGAGAAUACGCUGAACCAGAUAUGGUGGAAGAAAUAUUUGAAGAUGGCUCUGCGAUGCUUUCUAAAAGGCUAACUACAGGAUAUGCACUUCAGAAAUUUUUUGCGCCCUCCAGUUGUGCAGUUUGUCUGGUACGAUUGAAAUCUGGGCAGGGAAUUUCAGUACAUGCCAACCCAUUGCAGUAUGAGAAAUUACGAGGUUGGCAGGGUCCUUUCCUGUGCCAAAGCUGUCAUUACAAGAAAGAAGCAAUGGAGGGGAAACGGCGACCAAGAGGUCCUUCAGCUACAACAAGUGUCUUUGGUCACAUGCGCUAGGCCUAAUUGUCGGAACCAUUAUUCCAUACGACUAAAUAUUCUUUUAUUCAUUGCUGGAAACAGUAGUCAGUCCAUCACGAUUCUUUUGCUAGAUUGACCAUUUCAGUCAAGUAAUACAAAGUAUUCUUGACAAACAGCUUGGAGAUUUAUUCAUCAGCUGGACUAGCAUAGGAAAAUGCGUCUU